CCCCCUGCGCAUGCGCCCGGGCCAACUCUUUAAAUACCCCCCAAGUCAUCUGGCAAAACAAAAACAUUCCGCUGUCAGCUCGCAGCUCCCGAUGUCCGCCGCGGCGCUUACUCGUUGGUGCACGUUAAACCGGAGCCGCCGUUUGUGAAUAACGAACCAUUUAGGUCGUAGGAAGGAGCGUGUGCAGGUCGCACUCAGGAAAGAGUGGUUGGGGGGGGGAGAAAAACAAAGAUGGUGGUCAUAGCGUAGCCACAGAGACCAACAUCCGCCACCGGACACAAACAGGACACGGACAGCCGAGCCGAGUCGAGCAGAACCGAACCGAACUCCUGGCACGGAGCGGGAAGCAAACAGCUGAGAAUUGUUUUUGUUCCGACUAGCUAGCCUGCUGAGCUUGUAAGUCCGCCAAACUGCUUGUUUUUGAACAUAAGCCGACGCAGCCUAACGCGUCCACUAAAGCGACCGAAAGUUAACGUUAUUAACAUUCGAAAUAAAUAAACAAUAAAGGCCGUUAGCCUGUUAUUGCUAACCGAGCUAGCUGUCAGGUGACAGUUAGCUUGGCGGCUAGCUAGCCAGCUAGCCCCCAAGCUAACCCCGAAUAUUCCGGAAAGUUCUAGAAGAACCGCCGCCAUGGACGACGGGGACGUAGGCGUCGCGCCCGGCUCCUCCUCCUCCUCCUCGGCCGGCCUGAACAUCGGGGCCGGGGGGGCGGCGGCGGAGGCGGCGGCCGAGGCCAUGCAGGAGGAGGUCGGGACGCGGCGGCAGGCGCAGGCGGAGGGGCCCGGCGACACAGACUCGCCAGAGCCGCCCAAGAAGAGGAGCAAAGUGCCCGAGGGGGAGUCCGGCAAGCUGGAGGAGAGACUGUACUCUGUGCUCUGCUGCACCGUGUGCCUAGACUUACCCAAGGCGUCCGUGUACCAGUGUACCAACGGCCACCUGAUGUGCGCGGGCUGCUUCAUCCACCUGCUGGCCGACUCUCGCCUGAAGGAGGAGCAGGCCACCUGUCCCAACUGCAGGUGCGAGAUCAGCAAGAACCUUUGCUGCAGGAACCUGGCGGUGGAGAAGGCAGUGAGCGAGCUGCCCACGGACUGCACCUUCUGCCUUAAACAGUUCCCUCGCUCCAGCCUGGAGAGACACCAGAAAGAAGAGUGCCAGGACAGGGUGACGCAGUGCAAGUACAAGAGGAUCGGCUGCCCUUGGAAGGGACCCUUCCACGAGCUGCCGGCGCACGAGGGCGAGUGCUCCCACCCCACCAAGACGGGCACGGAGCUGAUGGGCAUCCUGGGCGAGAUGGACCAGAGCCACCGCCGCGACAUGCAGCUCUACAACGGCAUCUUCAGUCUGCUCUGCUACGAGAAGAUCGGCUUCACGGAGGUGCAGUUCAGGCCGUACCGCACCGACGACUUCAUCACCCGCUUGUACUACGAGACGCCGCGCUUCACCGUGCUCAACCAGACCUGGGUCCUCAAGGCACGCGUCAACGACUCGGAGCGCAACCCCAAUCUGUCCUGCAAGCGCACGCUCUCCUUCCAGCUCAUCCUCAAGAGCAAGGUGAACUCUGCGCUGGAGUGCUCCUUCCUGCUGCUGAAGGGCCCGUACGACGACGUGCGCAUCAAGCCCGUCAUCCACCACUACGCGUUCACCAACGACGCCAACGAGACGGAGUACGUGCUGCUGCCCAUCUCCGACUCUGUGGAGUGCAACAAACUGCUGGCCGCCAAAAACAUCAACCUGCGCCUCUUCAUCUUCCAAGUCCAAAAGUAAAGAAGGAGAGCCUUCAGAGUGAAAAAAGUCCAAAGGCGAGGAGGAGGAAUCGGGAGGAAAAAAGUGUGAUGGAGAUGAAAGAGAACCACUGAUACCUCUUAACACACACACACACACACACACACACACACACACACACUCACCUACUAGAGUGAGACCCCACAAUGUGAGUUGCUAUGGCGACUGGCAGGCGGGCAUUGACAUAUUUUGGGGUGAAUGAUUGUGAUGUCAGACACCUUCCUGAAACACACACACACCUACUGUACAGCCACAAGUAACACACACACACACACACCAUCGUGAUGCCCAAAUGUGAAACUUCAUUGUGCUCAGCUGUGACAACUGAUUGGAUGGUGUGCAUGUGUGUUGUGUAGUCUCCGCCCCUUUGUGUGGCCACGCCCGCCCAAUCACCACACUUUAUUCUAACCACUUUUUUUUUUUAUUUUACCGUGUUUUUUUCUAUUUAACCAUGAUGUUGUAUUGUUUUAUUUAACCAUGAUGUUACUUUUAUUUAACCGUGUUUUAUUUUAAAAGAAAUGUAAUUUAAAAAAAACAGUGAGGCCCUGUGUCCCUUUCAAAAGGCACAACAUUAAUAAUUAUACAUCUUUUACACUGAAAAUGAUCAAACAGUUGCGUGUCGCCAUCUUUUAAAGAAAUUAUUUAGUGCAUUUUGGACCUUUUUCCUGGCGAAAGUGUUUUUUUUAAUCAAUCUAAGCUUAAUUAUUUUUAUUUAAUUGUUAAAAGUACACUUCUGCAUAACAUUUUGUCCUUAUUUAUAAAAAUAGAUCCAUUUACAACAAAGGAUAACUUUUUUUACUUUAUAUUUUAGUCCGGCCCUGCGAUGAGAUGGCGACUUGUCCAGGGUGUACCCCGCCUUCCGCCCCGUUGUAGCUGAGAUAGGCACCCGCGACCCCAAAGGGAAUAAGCGGUAGAAAAUGGAUGCAUGGAUAUCUUAGUCCAGUGUAUUUCAACCUUUUUUGAGCCAAGGCACAUUUUUUGCGCUGAAAAAUUGCAGAUCCACACCACCAGCAGAAAUGAGUCAAAAACAGAUCUCAGUUGGCAGUUCAAAGUCGACUUUAAAGCAUAAGCAAGGAUGCAUCAGUAUAGCUCUUGUCUCAAAGUAGGUGUACUGCCACCCCCUGACUUUUUUGGACUUUUUGCUGUUUUCCUGUGUAGUGUUUUAAUUUUCCUAUUUUGGUGGCUUUUUCUCUUUUUUUUUUUGGUAUCUUCCUGUAUCGUUUAAGCGAUAUUUCCCACAUCCACUUUGUUUUAGCGAUCAAAAAUAUUUCAGUCGUAUUUUAUCCUUCUUAGUGGGGACAUUGUUGAUUGUCGUGUUCGGAUGUAAGUUGCGGACGUCGUCUUUGUUCCACAGUAAGUCUUUGCUGUCGUCCAGCAUUCUGUUUUAGUUUAUUUUGUAGCCAGUUCAGUUUGGUUCUGCAUUGCAAUCCCUAAGCUUCAAUGCCUUUUCUUAGGGGUACUCACCUUUUCUUUAUUUUUGGUUUAAGCAUUAGACAUAUUUUUACCUGCAUACUGCCUCCCGCUGUUUCCGUCAACUACAAAGCAAUCAGCUACCUGCUGCCACCUACUGAUAUGGAGGAGUAUUAAACGGUUACUCUGCCGAGCUCUAGACAGCAUCGACACUCAACAACACAUCAUUUGCGGAUUAUAAUUGGUUUGCAUAAAAUAUUUUUAACCCAAAUAGGUGAAAUGACAUCAUCUCACGGCACACUAGUGGUUGAAAAACACUGUUUUAGUCUGAAAGAGAAAAGCUUGCAGAAAAUACAACCUAUUUAAACUGUAAACACCUUUUGAUGGAACCAUCUGAUACUAAAAAGUCAAUAAAUAGUACAUUGAAUUGUAUUCUCAAUAUUAACUCAGGAGCGUAAUUAUAUAUACAUAUAUAUAAAAAAUAAGCGCACUAGAGGAAGAGUUUGUGCAUCGAAUGUGUGUGUGUGUGUGUGUUGGGGGGGGGGGUGUGGCCUAUACCUGAGCGAUGUUGGACUUACUUGAAGGGGAAGAAGUUACAUGAAGAGAUUCUACUGUAAAGCGCGAAGACGACGUCUCUCCUCUUGACCUCUGCUGUAUUUUUUUUGGCUGUUUUCAAAAAAGAAGAAAAGAGAAAAAAAAAAAAAAAAGCUUUCGUCUGCCGGUGGACUCGCUCAUCUCACUAUGGCUGUACAUGUGCCUUUUACUAUUAAUAUUAAAAAUCAUCAACCAUG